AUGCCUGAUAUGAAUGUCAUUUAUAAAGCAGGUCGAGGAAGAAUUCGAAAACAAAAUGAUCCAAUUACCAUGGAGCAUCACUACAGGAUUGAUGUGUUUUUGGCAACUGUUGAUUCUCAAAUACUUGAAAUGAAGAAUAGGUUUAAGGAAGAUGUAAUAGAGUUGCUUAUUCUUAGUCCAGCAUUGCACCCCAAAGAUAAUUUUCAGGCUUUCAAUAUUGAACAAAUUUGUCAACUUGCAAACAAGUUUUAUUCAGCUGACUUCACAGAUCAAGAGAAGUUACACUUAAGAACUCAAUUAGAGCUUUUCCAGAUUGAGUUUUCCUAUAAUUCUCAGCUCCAAAAUUUGUCAUCACUUCAGGAGUUGUGCCAAGUGUUAGCAAAGACAAGAAAGUCAAUGUGCUAUACUCUUAUUGAUAGAUUGAUUCGUCUUAUUUUGACUCUUCCUGUUUCAACAGCUACAACAGAGCGUGCAUUUUCUGCUAUGAAAAUCAUCAAGACUUGUUUGUGUUCUAGGAUGGAGGAAGACUUUCUUGCUAACUCUAUGAUAAUGUAUAUUGAGAAAGAAAUUGCUAGAACUUUUGAUAUAAAUUCAAUCAUUGAUGACUUUGAUAAAAUUAAAAGUUGUCGUGCACAAUUUCAUAUGUCCCACACAGUCAAAUAG